AGAUUCUCGAUCAAUUUCACUUCACACCCUGACACAGAUUUAAAGGACACAGCUCUGCAUUUUAAUCCCCGAUUCGAUGAGGGUUGUAUAGUCAGAAAUUCUAAACAACAUGGAGGUUGGGGAAGUGAAGAGAGACAUGCAGGUCUUCCACUUCAAAAGGGCACUCCUUUUGAAAUUGUCUUUGAUGUUCAUCCUCACAACUACAAGAUACAUAUUAAUGGACGCCAUUUCUGUGACUUCCAUCAUCGACUACCUAAACAAUCUGUUAAUUAUUUAGUUAUUUAUGGUGAUGUGGAAAUCAGCUUUAUUAAGUUUGAAGGUCAAAAAUUCAAUGCGAUUUGUUCCUACCUCUUUCAGGCUGUACCAUUAACAACAGGUAUUCCUGGACAAUUAUCUCCUGGUAGAAUGAUCCAUGUUAGUGGUGUACCAUAUUCUAAUCCCUCUAGAAUGACCUUUAAUCUGAUGUGUGGUUCUGACAAAGCUCUGCAUUUUGAUGUUAGAUUUAAUUAUGGAGACUCCCGUAAUGUGUGUGUUCGAACCCAUUGUCAAAAUGGUAAUUAUGGCCCAGAAGAGCGACAGCACUCUUUUUUCCCUUUCAUGCCCAAUGCUAGUUUUGAUCUGCUGAUUUUGGUGGAACCAUCUUGCUACAAGAUUGCUGUUAAUAAUCAACACUUCAUUGAAUUUCACCACAGAAUUCCUUAUCAGAAUGUUACAACAUUGAAUAUUGAGGGAGAUGUUCGUCUGACACAAGUUAGAUUUCAGUAA